AUGCCGCCAUCGCUCCGUCGACGAGCGCAGCCGCCGCACCCACCUCCCCCAACAGAGCCGUUCUCCGAAAGCGACGAGGAAUUUGUAGAAGGCGCAGAGGAAGCGGACGAAGCCAUGGGAGAGGACAUGGUGGGGGUCGAUCCGGAGGAGGAUGACGAAGAUGAUGAGGAACCUCUGGCAUCGCCUCUCCCCUCGCCCUCCCUCCCAGACCAGACUUCCCUCCCGCCCCCUCACCUCCGCGAAAUCUCCACCCUCGCAUCCUGGACCGUCUCCUCUUCCAAGCCGGGCUGUUCGAUCCCGCAACUACGCCACCCAUCCACAUCCCUUUUCUGGCAAUCCGAUGGUCCACAGCCGCACUACCUCAACAUCCACUUCUUCAAACUCGUCCGCAUCGUGGGACUACGCCUUUUCCUGGACUUCGAAGCCGACGAGAGUUACACGCCGACGCGCAUUAUCUUCCUGGCUGGUAGUGGACAGAACGAUCUUGUGGAGUGGGGCGAGAUGAGGCUCGAGCAGCCGCGCGGCUGGGUGUGGGCUGACUUCUCCGGAGUCGGUGAGCCGGAGAGUGACUCGGAGGACGACAGCGAUGAGCUGGAGGAGGAAGAGGUGGAGAAUCGCGGUCUAGGCAUCCAACACGCCGUCGACAACGACGCUUCAGAUUUCGAGAACGCCGCUCCUUCUGCUUCUGCUCCUGCAGGCACCACCGGCGACGGCCUACCACCACACUCACCACCUACCGGCGACCCGAUGCACCUCGACCCCCAACAACAGCAGCACACGCCCCUAAUCCCCCAGCAACAGCAGACACCCAACUUAACCCGCCCAACGCCCCGCCUCCCCUUCACCUCACUCUCCACAAACACAUCCCCGUCGCACCCGGCUCCCUCCCACCAGCGGACCCGGAAGCCCAAGAUGCCCGUCUUGCGCUGCCAUCUUGUUCAGAUCAAGAUCCUCGAGAACCAUCAGAAUGGAAAGGAUACGCAUCUCCGCGGACUGCAGAUCUUCGCUCGGGACAACGAAACGGAGCGCGGGACGAGCAGGAGUAGGAAGAGUGUGGGCGGGAAGAUAGGUGGAGAGGAGGAUAGGCGUGUGGGGAGCAGAGUGAUCAACGGCGGUGGAGGAGGUUUGAGGGGAUUGGCGGAGAGCGAGUGGAUGGCGGAACCUUCGAUACGGUAG